UUUAUUUUCGUACUUCUGAAAUAGUGAGGCAACAUGAAUUGGUUCACAAAUAAAUGCGACGAAAGCCGCCUAAGGUUUUUCCCCAAUCUUCUAACUUUCAAAGGCGAGCGUACAUACGGAGCUGACCUAAUGAGUGCCGAUGAGUGCUAUAGUUUUAUAAAGAAAAACCUGAAGUCUAGAAAUGCUGUAGAAGAAGAAGUGCUAUGGAAAAUGCCCAUACUGCUGGUGUGCUUGGGCUGCAUCAUAGUCAUACUAUUUGCAUUUUGUUUCGCCUUUCAGUGCUUGAUAACGAAGCUGAAGUCCGCCAAAAUGCCUAAGCAGUUCGAGUUUGACAUAUGUGAGGUUGAAAGAUCGAGGAAUCAACGACCAAUGGACAAGGCAAGUCAAAGUGAUCGGCCAAGGAAGAAAGGAAAGUCUUGCUGUACUUGCGUGAAAUGAUUAGAAAUUAUU